CACAGGAGGUCGAAUGCUAGCCUAUCUGCGAACCAGACCAACCCGCCGCAACAAUUUCCCUGUUUCGCCAUCUUGAAAUAGAAUCUAGUGGGGAACUCAUCUAUGAGGUCAAGAUAUCUGUCUAGAUCUAGAUCUAGUUUUUGUUUUGUUUGUGGAUCUAGAUCUAGAUAAGACUAUGCAUGCAAGUGUUCAACAAGUAAGAAAAUAAAAAAUAAAAAAAAAACAACAACAACCAGCCAAUAUAGAAUGGAUUAUGAAAUGGACAGCGUAGAAGCGUCAAAAGACUUAUCGGAUAAAACUAUUGAUAUGGAAUGGCAGAUAGAUUCAGAAUGGAUUAAUUUAUCCUCAACACCUCAAUUGCCUUCUGUUGGUAAUAAAAGGGGAAAGCAAAAUAAACAUGAACUUCCCCAUGCUGAAAAUUCACUUCCAGUUGCAUUUCAUUUUAUACCUGCUUCUAAAGGUGGGAAAUAUUUGGUCAUUGAUAACCAACCUUUAAGGCUUAGCCAGAAGAGAGAUUCUGGUUACUCAUAUUGGGUUUGUAGUAUUCCUUGCUGUAGUGCUAGAUGUGUACUGGAUCCUGAAGAAAAGAAAAUUGUUCGUAUAUGUAGAUCUCAUAAUCAUGAUGCUGAUAUAAGUCGUCAAGAGUAUAAGAAGUUUAUCAAUGCAUUGAAAAUAGCUGUUAGGGAAAAUCCACAUGUCAAGCCUAAAGCGCUCUAUGACUCUGAAAUUGAAAAAGCGAAAGAGUGUUGGCGUCAGUCUAAACUAAAGGGCAACUCCAAUGAAGAAGAGCCAAAUCUGCCCACUUUUGAUAAAGUAAGAACAGCAAUGUAUAAUUCUAGAAAUGCUGUACUAAGCUCAGUUUCACUCAAGGCAACAGAAGAUUUUUCUCAAGCCACACCUGAUGCUGCUUUACAGGCAGGACCAAGCAGAGCAACUAGAUCAAAAGAUGGGAAAGCUAAUCCGAAGAGAAAAUCCACACCUUCCAAAACUGCAAUGCAGAGUAAUUUAGAUCUUGAUGAGCUAGAAGAAGAUGAUGAUGCUGAAACAGAUGAAGACUGGAGAGUUUCAACCCUAUCCAGUUCUGAUCAAUCACCAAUGGAGGAUAUCAACUUUCACUUCAUGCCAUCUAGCAGAGGUUGUAAUAUUCUGGUGAUAGAUGGAUGUUUACUCCAUCAAAAUAAUGUACAUGCAUCUGGCAAGUCUUAUUGGAGGUGUCAGAAGAGGGGAUGUUUUUUUAGGGCUGUAUUUGAUCCAAAAGUGAACAAAGUAACCAGAACAACAGGGCUGCACAAUCACCCCCCUGAUUCCAAUGAGAUGAUGAGGAGAGAGUUUAUGAACAAUCUGAAAAGUCAAAUUGUUGAAAAUCCUAAUAUAUCUGCCAAAGUUAUGUAUGAUAUGGAGGUCAAGAGAGUAAAACAAGAGCUUUCUGAGUUUGGUAACACAUGGAAAAUUCCAACUUUCUCUUGUGUUCAACGACAAGCAAGUAGACUUAGAAAAAGUGUUUGUUCUAAUGAUGAAGCUGAUGUUGAAGAAGAGAUGCCAGAAGAACAGACAUUAAAAAGACAAAUAACUGAUAUAGAGAAGAAAUUUUUGGAAGAAACAAUAUCAGCCCCACAAGAAGAAGACAGUAGUUUAAGCAUGUCUCUGUUAUCUCCUGAGCCUGCACCUGUUCAGUCAAGAAACUUUCCUGAUUGUACUUUUUACUUCAUUCCCUCUAAAAAAGGCAAGAGAAUUUUGGUAGUGAAUGAUUAUACUUUCCGACUUAAUAGUGUGAAGUCUGAUGAGCGCUACUAUUGGAAGUGUACAGUUGAUCCUUGCAUGUUUCGUUUGGUAUACAAUGAAAAUAUCCAGGAUCUGGUGAAGAUUUCUGGCAAGCACAACCAUGUCACCAAUAUUAACAAAUUAAGAACUAGAGAGUUUAGUUUUCUAAUUAAAGCACAAAUGACUGAUGAUCCUUCUCUUUCACCAAAAAUGGCAUAUGACAGAGUAUUGGCUAAAAUUAACGCUUUGGAAAAUGGUGAACAACUUGUCAGAUGUUUACCACCGUAUUCAAGUUUAAGGACUUCACUUUACAAUCUAAAGCACAAGCAAGCUGUUGAAGAGGAGUUAAGUGCAAGCUCAGGACUACAAGGGAAUCAGUCUGGUGGAGUCAAUAAUUUUUACCUUCCUAGCCAUUUGAAAGGAAAUUCUGAAUCAAGUUUAGGAUCAAGGAGUAGUAUGGAAUCAACACAAGAUAUCUCACCAAAAGAUAUUACAUGUACUUUCUCUCAGCACUUAAGCUUGGAAGACAAUGAUCCCAUGGAGCAUGAGGAUGAAGAUAAAGCAUCUGGUACAACUAACAUGAACCCAAUGGAUAUAGCUGCACCCAGUUUGUAUGACACCCAUGACAUCAUCAAUCAGUACUGUGAGCCCACAACUCACAGAGGAAAAAUUUCAGUUAAAGCUGUGUGGACUCAAGGACUUCAGCCAACAUCCCCACCAGACCUUAGAAAACAUUCUGACAUUCCAGAUCAAGAUUAUAACUCACAACUUCAGAUGUUAGUGAAACAAGAUGAACCUGCAACAGAAAACUUGGUCAUCACAAUGCCUGAUCCAUCAACAUACACCUUGACAUUUGUACCCACUUCUAGAGGAGGGCGUGCCCUUGUGGUCAAUGGCUGUGUUCUGCGCAUCAGCUACACACGUGAUUUUGUAACCUAUUGGAGAUGUCUGAAUAUCGAUUGCAGUUUUCGCUGUAGUUAUGAUAGUCAGACCAAAAAGUUGCUGCGUAUUAGUGGUGAACACAAUCACCCUGUCAACAAGUACAGCCCAGUAAUAAGGACCUUUAUCAGGAGAAUCAAGAAAAGAUUGUGCCAGGGCAGUGAGCUCUCUCCUAAGAUAAUAUAUGAAGAAGAACUUCAGCGCUUGAAAGGAGAUGAAAAAGAUGAAGAGCUUUUCAAGCGGCUGCCAAGCUACACAAGUAUAAAGUCUAGUCUGUAUAAAGUGAAAAACAAGUCUGUAAGUCAGAGCACAUCCUUAGAUGAGGACUUGGACUUAGUGUCAGAAGAGUCAGAGGAAGACAGAGAGGAUGAUAGUGUUCCAGAUUCCUCUGAUGUUUCCUCAAGUGAUGAGCUCCCCAGUGAUCCUCUCCUUGAGGAGUGUUUUGCUACAUUCAAUGCCCAUCUUCCUUCCUGGUUGGAGCUUGAAGAAGACAAGCGGAUAUUGGAUGGCCAUUUAUUGGUUAGAAAAAGUGUCAAUGAUGCUAGCAUAGGGUGGGCUUGCCAUAAAGAAGGAUGCCCAUUUCGUUGUGUCAUUGAUAAAGAAACCAAUGCCAUUACACGAAACCAGUGGGACCACACUCAUAAAUCUAUCAUCAAACAGAUCAUUUCCCAAGCCAUGUUAAGUGUUGUUAAACUGCGAGCCAUAAUGGAUGUCACAAUUUUACCUAAGACAAUAUAUGAGCAGGAAAGAAGGCGAAUCACAGAUAAACUGUCUGGAAACAAAACAUUAUUUAAAUUCAUUCCAAGCCUCACCCAGGUCUAUCAACUUGUCACAAAGACUAGAAUGAACCCAUCUGCUCAUAGAUUACCAAAAACAAAGCUUCCCAAAGAGUCUAGGAGCAAAACAUCUGGUAAAAUGAAUGAUAGUAAUGGGAGCAGCACUAACAGCAGUAAUAGUGAAAGUCACUUUGAAAGUGAUUACUUUUUGGAUCAAUGUGAGAAUGCAGGGGGCAGAAUGAGUUCUGUCACAGAAGACCAGCAACAACAACAGGACCACCUGUUAUAUAGUCAAUGUACCAAUGACAUGUCUAUUGUAGAAAGUACUUUCUCUCCAGACUAUCAAAGCAGCUAUUCUUCCAGCACAAACUCAUACACCAACAAUCUUAAUUCAAGUGCUAGUGCAUUUCAAUCUACAGCUUUUGCUACAAUGGACCAUGGGCAGUUGUUUCCUGAUCCCAAUAAAACUUUACAAUACACAUCUGGUCAAUGUUAUCAACACCAACAGCAACUAUCCCCACAAUACCAGAAAGAGAAUCUGCUCAUAACCAUGUCAAAAUGUGAACAACUGCCAGUUCUUGAUGUUGCAGCUCCCACUCAAAACCUCUUACCUGCUACCCAGUGUGGGACUACUCCUAGUCAAAGUUUGGCCAUAUCACCAAGCAACGAAAAUAUCUUCACACUUCAUGGUUAUCCCCUCAUGCCUGCUAUGACACAAGUUGGUACCAUUUACUGGCAGUGUCGUAUUCCUGGCUGUCAAUUUCAGUGUGUUCUCAAUGCUAACACAUCACAGGUAGUGCAGAUAUCUGGUAACCAUAACCAUGAACCUCCAGGAUCUCACUCAGCAUUUUGUUCUCAGGUAGUGAAAAUGCUUCAGCGCAAAUCAGCAGAGAAUCUUGAAGAACCUUUAAGCAAUGUCUAUUGGAAUUAUAUGAAGGAUUUAAGAAAUGUCAUUGAUUCGGAUGAAAUUCUCAGUGGAUUGCCUCGUUUUCUUGAUGUUGCAUUGGCAAUGCAGACUGCUCGAUCUGCCAUGGGAGCAGCACAAGAUCCUACUCAGUUUCAAAACGUAGUUGUAGGUACUGCCAGCUCACCAAGCAAAGUGUUUGAAUAUCACUUUGACCCAACUAAAAGUUCAUUAGUUGUGAAUGGGGCUUCCCUGGUUCUCAGCUGGAGAAUGAAUGACUUGUCGUUUUGGCACUGUAGAAGGACAGAAUGCAGGUUCAAAGGCAUUUUAGAUACUGAACUAGAAUGUGUCCAUGUACUGAAUCCUCACACAUUGCCAUGUUCAUCCAGUCCACAAGAGGAAAGAAAUGCUUCCGUUAAAAGAAAAUAUCCUGACAAACCUUCACCUCGAAAAUUGAAAUUUCAGCGAACUAAUGAAACGAAGCACAAGUCCAGCCAUUAACAAUGUCAUGUAACUUUAUUUUCUGUUAUAUGUAGCAUUUUAUUAAUUUCUAAGAAUAGUUAAAAGUUAAUUUCCACGGUGAUAUGAACACCUUAGUGAAGGGGUGGGCAAACUAUGGUUUGCAGCCACAUGCUGCCUGGCAAAGGGUUUUACGUAUUCCAAACAGAUACAAGGAGUGACCACAGAUUAUUUAUACAUAAACUUUGACAUUAUUUGGGUCCACAAAUUUCUGUGAACAAGUAUUUUCUUGAUUAAAAAUAAGUGUAAUAACAGAAUUCAAUGCUGUCUGACAGCAUAGGAACGCACAUGUGAGGAUAAAAAUAAGUAAGCUAGUUCCACAUUUCAGGAACAUUAUACACCAGUGUAAACAGUUUAAUUCUGUACAACUGCAUAUUUUUGAGGAAAUGAAAUAAAUAUGAAGUAGAAAUAUUUGUAAAAUUAGUUUUAAAAACAAAUUGCUAACUUUGGUUGUAAUUUCUCAUUGUAAAAAUUAAAAGUACAUGUCUAAUACAGUAUGAAUGUGAAAUAAAAUGUACAUGUAUAAUACAGUAUGUAUGUAAAAUGAAAUUAUACAUGCUUUUAAGUAUAAACAUUUUUUCUAAGUUUAAGUAGACAUAAUAUAUAUAUGUGGCCUCCCAUACUAAAAUUUUUGUCAAUGUUUGCUCACCCCUGCCAUUGUCAGUGUGCUUUAGUGCUGUUAUUGAAAUCUGAUAGAUUUUAACAACCUUGUUGGUAGAUCUUGUGAAUAGAGAGCUUUCUUUUGAGUAUCAAUAUUAGGAUCUAUAGUCUACAAGUUGACACAAGUAACAUUUUAGUCCUGCAACUUGUAACAAGUGCAUUAUAUUUCUAUUUGUACAAGUAAUGCUCUAGUUAUUUUAUUGACUUAUGAGUGUGUGUGUGUGUUUUUUUUUUAAUUCUUUGAUUUAGGGACCAAAGUUAUACAAAAGUAUGAUUUUAUUUGUAAUUGAAUCAUGUAGCUUGACAUUUGUAUUCAGUGUAAAAUCAUUUCUGAAAUUUGUAUUUACUGACUUUAAAUAUUAGUCUAAAUGUUCUUCCAGUUUGGAAAGCCCGUAACAUUCAGAUAAGAGGGUGAUGAUGACCUCUCUGGCAUUAUAUCCAAGGGGAAGAUCUAACUGAAAUUUUUUUUUUUGAAUCAUUAGUCUGAUGGGGACUAGAGCCUUGGUGUAGGGGAAACCAAUGCAAUAGAGUGAAUGUCCUUAGUCAAAUAAUCAAUAGAUUUUUUAUGAUUAUUACAAAAAUACAAUUUUAAAAAAGUAAUUCACAUGGAUCUAUUCAUUUGCUAAUUCCAGGUAGGGGGAAUGAAUUGUGCCAUUGAAGAUCCUUUGUGUAAUGGAGGUGGGGCCCUAUGAAAGGUGGAUGUAAAUAUGUACUAUAAAAAUGUACCUAAAUGACAGUGCAUGUGGUCAAAAUGAAAGAUGUGCAUUAUCGUAGGGGAAUGUGUGUACAAGAUAUUUUGAACCCAAGCAUCUGAAGAUUUUUCUUGCCACUGCUAACUCCAAAACAUUGAUUUUAUAGUCAAUUGACAAGUUUUAAUAAUAGAACAUGACUAAACUAUUUUGUGAUUUUUUAAAAAGAAAUCAAUUCAUUCAAUAAUUCUUAUAGUUUGUUUGUCAAACUUUGUGACAAAAUUUGUUACAUUUAGGAAACAGAAAUAGUACAGUGGACCCUCAUUGGCAAGAUUGAUUUCAAGGUAUAACAUGACACAACACACUCCCAUGAUAGUGAGAGAGUUAUCCUUUGCAGCUCAAUAUUGUACACUGAGAUGUGUGGGGGUCAUUUCAAGAUUUAUUGUCUUGAGUCUUACAUCUGCAGCAGAAGUCUGUUGGUGAUGAUGGCCAGUAUGAGAUAAUUCUAGUCUUUGCUCUUUAACCAAAGCUUCACCGUCAAUAUUAUUAUUUUACAAAUAAUAUUAUGUAAUUGCAUCUCUGAGUACAAUUGGCUUGACCUCUAGUAUUUUUAAAUUAUUUUUUUGUAAUAAUAAUACAGGCAUUAUGGAAGUCAUUUUUUUUUUUAUACAUUUAAAAUGAACCAAAAAAUGUGUUAAAAUGCUUUUAGCAUACUUAAUUGUGUUCGGGGAAUACAACUUUAUCCUAGGAGUUUACUAACUAGAUACAAAUGUCUGUCUAUACCCAACAUCUUAACACUGCAGACUUGUACAGUUCUAUUACUCUAUGCAGAUGUGAACAAACUCAAUGUAUAAUAUUGAAAUAGUGACAUUCAAUUGUACCAAAUACCUCAUGGUUUCUUUUUUGUUGUAUAUAGUUGUGAUGCAUUAUGUGCCAUAAUGUUACAAUUUGUGCAUGGUAUUGAUUGGUUUCAUGACUAAAACAUUUACAAAUGUUUUGUUUUUGUCAUGUACUAUUUUAUAAAUUUACAUUUGUUUUUCUAGACUUUUAAGCCAUUUAUUUUUUUGUUCAAAUAGCUCUUAAGCUCAUAUCAGUUUUAAUGAGCUCAUUUUUUUUUAGUUUUCAAUAAAUUAUACAAGGCUGUGGCAUAAUAAAAUACCAAAUGAUUUGUUACUGUAAUAUCUACAUCAACACACUAAGAGGUCAAAAUGGUUUGUUUUAUACAAUUUAUUGUUUCUAAUAAAUUUCUUUCAAUUGAAA